UUCAUAGCACCUCGCCAAAAGACAUCGGUACAUCACAGUCGCACGUCUCCAAAGGCACAUCAUCCAGCUGCCAAUACGUCCACAACUGAGAAAGGCACUAUAAAGAACAUCAUUCUGCAUAAAGUACUACCUCAACAAAACAAAGCAAAUCAGAGAUCACCAAUUAACACACCCAAUCUGCAUACUGCUACAGGGAUACCAGCCAAUGAGCCUAAACCCAAGAAAGGAGUUCCUGUAGAGGCCACAGGGAGGGCAAUACUUGUGCAAAAUGCUAAUGAUGGGGUGGGACAAGUCGUUGAAGGUAAUCCACUGAACAACUGCAUUUAAAGUUUGUCUGUAGGAAAUGUGGUGAAGCGUCUAAAUAUGAAUUUAACUAAAUAAAAAGCAGUAAAUAAUGGCGGUUAGGCCAUUCUGUUAUCCGAACUCUAGAGUUUAACCCGUUAUAUCCCAAUAUCCACAUACAAAUUCUCCAAACUGAUCUCAAUACAUUUCCUUAUAGAAUGAGUUAAGAGAAUUUCAUAAACGAUCAAAGCAUUUUUCCUCUUUGUAAUCAUUUUAUUUAUUCUCAUAAAGGAGAAAAUUGAUGUUGGUCACUAUCGGGACUUAAAGGGUAAAAAAAAAGGAAAUUUUCGUUUAGUUAAAAUCGAAAUGGAAGCCGUUGGCGCUCAAUUUAAUGCCCUAUGCCCCAGUUUCGCAAGUAAGUAUUUCUGUCAAGAAAAACAACUUUUCAAGGAAAAAUUGCUCUUUUAUCUUGUCAAAUUAAAGACAACGUGCUUAAAGCUGGUAUCAGGAUAUAUGAUAUUCUCUGGUGAACAUUCGACGCCAGUGCCUCUCAAGGCAGAAUUAUUUUGUUACCAGAGAAAUAAGAUUUUUAAGAGAGCAUGUUGGUGAUACAUUGUUUCUAAAGACUGAUUAUAUAUUUUACGGCAGGAUCAACAAAUGGGAAAGCUCCUGUUAUAGUUAUAAACUCAGAAGCUUCUGGAAAUAAAGGUAUAUAUUUCAGGAUCAUAAAUAGCUUUAUUGUAUUUUAGGUCUCCUUCGACCGGCACUUUUUGCGAAACAAAUGAAAGAAAUAAAACGCACGAACCGGUACUAAAGAAAAGUUUAACUGUCAUAUCUUCAUAUAACUUAAGAGGUAAAAGGACUUUGCCAUCGUUUUGUGGGAGGGGGGAAUGGGCACGUGAUGCAUCUUCAACAGAAAGCGGCACUAUCUUAGGCAUUCGAGUCCAAUGGCGGAGUUUAGAUACAGGAUGUAAUUUGUAGACGGGUAUCUAUGAAAUAAAGGCCCUCCUUUUAUCGCAUCAUGGGUCGAGUUAUUCGCGAAGUCGGGAAAGCCGGGUAAUCCUGGUUGACUGUACACAUAGCAUAUGAAGUUGUUAUAACAACUUACCUUGGAUUUGCGCUAAUCGUCUUUCGAACAACAGGGCCCUGGUGUAAAACAAUAUUUAAGGCUUUAAACCCGGCCAGUAGAAAUUUAUCCUCAAGCAUGUACAUGUAAAUGUUAAUUGCUUUUCUUUCACACAGCGUUGAAUUUUUGCGGAGGAUAACUGUAUUUCAAUGAUUAUAACUGACACUCAGGCACUCGACGUGUUUGCAAAGUACCCAUAAACACCGUUUCUACCAAUUAGCUCUAGAAACGGCAAUUUAGGUGCGAGAUACAAAUCUGAAUUACUCACGAGAUGAUUUUAAUUGCCAUCCAAAAAUAACAGAUUUGUAACUUUCAUAAUCGACGCGUUAUUUAGCUCUAUUUAUGAUUUAACUAUGGCAGGUGCUCUGGAUCCGUUUUCCCAAGACUGCCUCGAUGCACAUAACAGCUAUCGCGCCAAACAUGGCGUCCCACCGCUUAUGUGGUCACAUGACCUUGCUGAAGGAGCUCAAGUUUGGGCUGACCAACUUGCUUCAACUGAUUCGUUUCAACACGAUCAAGUGGCCAUACAAAACCGCAAGAUAGGUAAGAUAGAACAUACACAAUACUUUCACAAGAGCCAGUCAUCUAUUAUCAAUGCGGUGUUUCAGUUGUUUUGAACAGGUUUUGAAUACUAAAUGGCAAGCAGGUCACUGAGGUGAGAUAGGUGGGCAUUAUUACGAGUAAUUGCUUACUCUUUCACUUUAGAGGCUACAAUGAUGAAUGUAAAUCAGACAAUACCCUCGCUCCCCGGCCUUGUUAAAAAUAACUUCGCGCUACGCGCUCGGUGGUUAUUAUCAAGAAGGCCCUGGAGGGCAGAAAUUAUCCUGUGUUUAGUUCCAGGUUAUCAUGUCGGUUUAGGUCUUCUACGCAAGUUGAUUAUUCCCAAUCAGCGUUUACUCGGAAGACCAAUCGACAUUUAAUUGGCCUUUGAACAACAUUAAAAAAGACAUCAAUCCAAUUUCUUUAAGCUUUUAACAAUUUCAUAUUCCCCCAAGCCUCAGAGCGAGGUAUGAAUCAGUUCAGUACAUCGAAAUUGGACUAUUACUUUCAUUAGGUGAGAAUCUGGCAUAUUUUCAACCCCCUGUUCCAAAAUGUGAAGGUGCCAUGGUGGACAAUUGUGUCAACUGUCGUGAGAUGGUUCAACGCUGGUAUGACGAGGUUAAAAACUACGACUUUGAUAAAGGAGGCCCCAAGAGCAGGAGUGGCCCAUACAAACACUUUAGUCAAAUGAUCUGGGCCAAUUCAGCCGAAUUAGGAGUCGGGACCGCGGUCAGUAAGCGGUAUGGCUUCAUAACUGUUGCUCGGUACAGGCCCAGUGGAAACGAAGGAGAUUUUGCGGAGUUCAUCAAAAAUGUUCCCCCGGAAGGAGGUACACGAUAUUUUUUUCUAAUCAGUUAAUAACGUCUUACUUCACAUUCCCUAGGGUUCACCAGCCUGACAUAGCUGACCUGUUUCUGCCAGUAAAAGCACCGUGCUUUAAGCACCAGCUCAACACUACACAUGUUGGACCUGUUAGCCGUGAACUGCACGGAAUUUGUUCCCACAACAUGCGCUGUGAAGGCGGUUCAGCAUUACUGCCGAUCGGGGUGUCAGCAAGUUCAAUAAGAAACAAACUAAGAGCAAGUGGCACACCGACCGAUCAACCCACGGCCUGGCCAGUACCUCACGCGUGCGCACUGCCUUAGUCGUGCUGCAGAAGCCAUGGACAGCUGUUUCGCCCUGUUUAGUGCUAAUCAGCAUAACAUAGCCGUCACGGCAGUCAAAGUCUUGGUUGGUGUCGGUGUAUAACUUGCUCUUAGUUUGCUUCUUAGCACGGUGAUUUCCAAGCUCUCUGUGCUGUUCAGAGUCAUUUCUGAUGCGUGUGGAAACGACGUUUGCGAUACCAAAUUUGUCGAGUUAUGGACAUGAGCAAAUAAAUUUUUCCUAUUAAAAUUGUCAAGUAAAUUUCCUUCAGGGGGCGGGGUGCGCAUGGAAUGUAUGUAGACACACGACAUGUGACGUAUUCUGUUACUUAAACGUGGAUGGAACAGGACUGAUAAACCAUAUAAAAGAGAGAAUGAGGUGCCUUUUGAUGCCAUACAUUUGCUGUAAUUUAGCUAACAAAAAAUACAUCAAAAGUAGGUUGAGUUUGAUCGUCCGGGUGAACGAAAAAUAAAAACUUGACGGGUUUUUUCUUCUUUAAAGGUCCUCUACCGACAAUGAAUCCACCACUAAAAGAUAAUACACAACCUGGUGUUGUUGUGAAGAAACCUGGGUUGAUUGAAGACAGUACAGUUGUUUCCAGCGCAGAAGGAGCAUUGAUUAAACCUCCAACUACAUCUCCAUUAAUGGUGGAAAAGCAAGAUGCCCUCCCCUCAAACUUAACUAUCGCUGUAUCUCCAAAGGCAAAGCUACUGGCUACAUCUCUCGCCAAAAUCACUGCUUCGGUAACGCCGCUCGCAAAGAAACCAUUAAAAAUCACAAAUCAAGAUGUUCAAGCCGUAAAUAACGCUACAUCCAUAAAAGGAAAGCCACUGAUUGCAAUUCCCGCCAAAAACCCUGCUUCGGUAAUGCCGCUCGCAAACAAACCAUUAAAAAUCACAAAUCAAGAUUUUCAAGCCGUAAAUAACACUACAUCCAUAAAAGGAAAGCCACUGAUUGCAAUUCCCGCCAAAAACCCUGCUUCGGUAAUGGCGCCGGUACCACCAAAGGAUAGCAUUAAAACUGCAAAUCAGCCCACGCUUAACCAACCAAUUACAGUGAACAAGGCGGCGCAUUCUAAGGGCGGAUUUGUACACACGAUGACUGCCAACGAUGGAACGAAGGCUCAAGUGUACCUCAGCAAGAAUGGGGCUCAUGCUGGUAUAGUGUUCAGGAAUGAAAUAUUGAGA